AUGGAUAACGCAAAAGUUGAUAUCAAUACUAAAUGGAAGCAGAAUGCUAGUACUGUUGCUGGAGGUACUGUAACGUAUGGUAAAGAAUUAAAUGAACUUAACUAUCCUGAAAGUAUAUGUAUUAAUAAGAAGAAGAAAAGUAUGUAUAUUGCUGAUACUGCCAAUCAACGUAUUACUGAAUGGAAAUUUGGUGCAAGCUAUGCUGAUGUUGUUGCUUAUGAUGUCCAACGAGAAAGUGACGUCGGGAUAUACUAUAGGCCAAUUGAUAUAAUUAUUGAUGAAAACGAUGAUUCUCUUAUCAUUUGUGAUCUAGGAAAAGAACGAGUUAAGCGAUGGUCUCUUCGAAAUAGUAGUAAUAUUCAGACUAUUAUUACAAAUAUUGCAUGUACUGGUCUAGCAGUAGAUCGGAAUGGAGAUAUUUAUGUUUCUGAUAAAUCGAAACAAAAAGUAAUCCGUUGGAGACAAACAGAUAUGAGUGAAACAAUUGUCGCAGGUGGGAAUCGAAGAGGAGGUAAUUUAAAUCAACUACAUUCUCCUAGUCGUAUCGCUGUUGAUCAAGAUCUAUCAGUCUAUGUAGCCGAUGCAAAUAAUCAUCGUGUAAUGAAAUGGAUGAAAGGUGCAAAAGAUGGUCUUGUUGUUGCAGGUGGACAUGGCGAAGGAAAUAGCCUCACACAGUUAUCGUUUCCUCUAGGAAUUCUUAUCGAUCAUUUAGGUAAUAUUUUUAUAGCUGACACCGGAAACGACCGAAUCAUGUAUUGGUCGCCAAAUACAAGAGAAGGUGUGAUUAUAGUCGGUGGAAAUAAAAGAGGAUAUGAAGCAAAUCAACUCUCUCUUCCCAGUGAUUUAAUAUUCCAUCGAGAAGGUCAUCUCUAUGUCGUCGAUACAUAUAAUCAUCGCGUACAAAGAUUUUCUAUUGUUCCAUAUAUGAUAUAUUAA